AUGUCACAACCAACUGAAAACAGAUUAUGGGGAGGUAGAUUUACCGGAGCCUCCGAUCCUUUAAUGGACUUAUACAAUGCCUCCUUGCCAUACGACAAGAGAAUGUACGAGGCAGACUUGACUGGUACCAAGGUGUACACUCAGGGUUUGCAGAAGAUUGGCUUGUUAACUACUGAAGAAUUGUCUGCUAUCCACACUGGAUUGGAACAGAUCAAGAAGGAGUGGGAGUCUGAUACCUUUGUUGAAAAGCCAGGGGAUGAAGACAUCCACACUGCUAACGAGAGAAGAUUGGGAGAAAUAAUCGGUAAGCACAUUGCUGGUAAAGUCCAUACUGGUAGAUCCAGAAAUGACCAAGUUGCUACUGAUAUGAGAAUCUAUGUUCGUGAAAACUUGACCAAAGUUCUCGAGAUUUUGAGCCAAUUUAUCAACACCAUUCUCAAGAGAGCCACUCAAGAAAUCGAUGUGUUGAUGCCAGGUUACACCCAUUUGCAAAGAGCCCAGCCUAUCAGAUGGUCCCACUGGUUAUCUUCCUAUGCUACUUAUUUCACUGAGGACUACAAGCGUUUGAAGCAAAUCUUGGAAAGAGUCAACCAAAGUCCUUUGGGGGCUGGUGCUUUGGCUGGCCACCCUUACGGCAUAGAUAGAGAUUUCUUGGCCAGCGGAUUGGGAUUCGACUCUGUUAUCGGUAAUUCUUUAACUGCUGUCAGUGACAGAGACUUCGUUGUCGAAACCUUGUUCUGGUCCACCCUCUUCAUGAACCACAUCUCCAGAUUUUCUGAAGAUUUGAUCAUAUAUUCUACUGCCGAAUUUGGAUUUGUCAAGUUGGCCGAUGCUUACUCUACCGGUUCUUCUUUAAUGCCUCAAAAAAAAAACCCUGAUUCUUUGGAAUUAUUGAGAGGAAAAUCAGGUAGAGUUUUCGGUGCAUUGUCCGGAUUUUUGAUGUCGUUGAAGUCCAUCCCAUCCACUUACAACAAGGACAUGCAGGAAGACAAAGAACCAUUAUUUGAUGCUUUAACCACUAUUGAGCACUCCAUUUUAAUUGCUACAGGUGUGAUCUCUACCUUGUCUAUCAACAAGGAAAAGAUGGAAGGUGCUUUAACCAUGGAUAUGUUGGCUACCGAUUUGGCCGACUACUUAGUCAGAAAGGGUGUUCCAUUCAGAGAAACUCACCACAUCUCCGGCGAAUGUGUCAGAGUUGCCGAAGACUUGAAGUUGGAAGGUAUUGAUAAGUUGAGUUACGAGCAACUCAAAAAGAUCGACGAAAGAUUCAACGAAGAUGUCAAGGAUGUGUUCAACUUCGAGGUCAGUGUAGAAAGAAGAACUGCUCUUGGGGGUACUGCUAAGAGUGCUGUCUUAAAACAGUUGAGUGAACUCGAAAAGACCGUCAGUCAAUAG